GUGCCCGUCUCGAUUCCCGGGUUGGUCCGGGGUAGAUAUUUCGGCAGUUGGCCCGGGUGCAAGGUCAAAUACAACUUUUGAACAGUGAGGAAAUUUUUGGCGCACAACCUUUGAACUUUGAACGGUGAAGAAUGGACUUUGGACGGCGGCCGAAAUUUGAACUUUGAACAGUGGUUGUAGUUUUCGAAUCAGUUAUUGGGCUGACUUUGAAGUUGUAAGUGUGCGCAUGCGCUAUCUUUACGCUCACAACCUUAGACGGUUUUAGUAGAUAAUUUAGUCUUGUCGCAGUCAUGGCGGCUGUUUAACCAAAACGCGGAGUGAUAUGCUGAAUCUGUAUGUGAUUCCUGUGCAAUGACGUUUUGGUGUAUGGGGGAUGUAAUCCAUGCCAUAAUUCAACGAACCUGGCACGAAGAUCGACUAUCGCAUGGAAUACGCUCAGUAGACUACAGUUACUCAAGAUUAUAGAGAAACGGUUAUGGAGUCUUUCUUUCUUGGGCCUUGAAACCCUCUUUUUUUCUUUUAUUGGUGAUACGUUCUUUGCAGUAUACUUGCUAGGCGAAGAGAAUGUGAUAAUUCUUCUUCCAAAAAUUAUCAUGAGAGCGUUACCUGGGGGUCUGGGGGGUUUCCAAUACCCCCACAGUAGACUACAGUUUUAUUGCCAUCUCCAAAAAACCACCAGGAGGUUACUGAAGCUUAUAGAGAAAUGGUUUCUUUGAUGCUUCCUUUUGCUGGGGGGUAUUCCAUCCCCCCCAGACCCCCCGGUGCUACGCUCUUUGCAGUAAUUGUUAGGAAAAACGAAUCUGAUAAUUCUUUUCCCAAAAACUAUCAUGAGAGCGUUACCGGAGGGUCUGGGCGACAUGGAAUCACUGUCGGUAGACGACACUUUUAUUGCCAUCUCCAAAAAACCACCAGGAGGUUACUGAAUAGCUUAUAGAGAAAUGGAAAAUUCGCGCAGGCUGCUCUUCGAGACGCCACGAAGUCAUUUCGAGAUCCGAUCCAGAGCGCGCUUCGUGGAGUCCGUUCGACCGAGUCGAGUUUCGAAGACUUCAAGAAGAGGCCUGCGGUCCUUGACCGAUGAGGAUUGCUCCCUCUGGAAGAUGGCAAGGGCGCUACGCCCCUCCCUACCGAGAUUGGAGUCGAAGGACUGGUACAUAAGGACGCCGAGAAGGCCGACGGCUUCGCAGAAUGUCUGGAACGUCAGUUUUCUCCCAACUCCGAAAACGGGGACCUGGACUUUAUCGACGCCAUCAAACGAAGGGUCACGAGAUCCAUACGACAAGACGACGAAGAAGCGCUACCGCCCUCGAUCGAGGAAGAAGUUUCCGACGCCAUCAAAACAACAAAACCCGAGAAAGGCGCCCGGACAGGACGGCAUCGCGAACAUGGCGCUCGAAGAGCUCCCUCAUCAUGCGGAGGGCUUUACCCAGCUCUGUUCUAAAUUGCGGUACCUACUUCCCAUCUCGUUGGAAACCGUGCCGACGCAAUUAUGUUACUGAAGCCGCCCGAUCAGCCUGCUGUCUACGGUCGCCAAAGUAGCAGAAGGUGAUCCUGAAGAGGAGGAGGGACGCGUCAUUCAAGACGAGCAAUUCGGGACACCCUACGGUCCAGGAGGUGCUAAGGAUGGUAGAACAUGGGGCUUUAACCGCAAUCGGUCCACGGGAUCAGUUUUUUUGGACGUCUCUAAGGUUUUCGAUACCUUAAGGUCUGGCCCAACGGGCUGCUGUGGUCCUCUCUGUACGUUCGAGACAUGCUGAAGACACCACACUGGCUCUAUACGUGGACGACCUCGCCAUCCAAGCAAG